AUGGCGGCCGCGGAGGGCAAGAAGAAGAUCAUGCUCAAGAGCUCGGAGGGUGAGGAGUUCGAGAUCGACAAGGCGGUCGCCAUGGAGUCCCAGACCAUCCGCCACAUGAUCGAGGACGAGUGCACCGACAACGCCAUCUGGCUCCCCAACGUCAACUCGAACAUCCUCUCCAUGGUUAUUGAGUACUGCAAGAAGCAUGUCCAGGCCAGCCCCAAGCCGGCCGACUCCGCCGCCGCCGCUGCCAGCUGCUCCACCUCUGCUGCAGCUGCGGCGCCAGCCCCCACCGAGGGCAUGAAGAGCUGGGACGCCGAGUUCAUCAAGGUCGACCAGGCCACCCUCUUCGACCUCAUCCUGGCUGCAAAUUAUCUUGACAUCAAGGGAUUGUUGGACCUUACUUGCCAGAUUGUUGCCGACAUGAUCAAGGGCAAGACUUCCGAGGAGAUCCGCAAGACAUUCAACAUCAAGAAUGACUUCACACCCGAGGAGUAGGCGGAGAUCCGCAGGGAGAACCAGUGGGCUUUUGAGUAGAGAAGCAUACAU